AUGCAAAUAACUUCUGUGUCUGUUUUAACAGAAAAAGCUUUCCAUUACGGAGGCCCACCUUUGCCUGUGGGUGAACAUUCUUCUGGUUCAUUUAAUCAGUUAAAUGCUCUAUUAAAAGUUCAAUUGUGUAAUGGCAAAAGUAUUGCGUAUUUAAUGGAAGUAAACAACAUUACGGCUCAAUUAUCAUCCUUUUUAGUCUCGUUCGCUUCCACUCCAGCAGAAGUUACUUGA